UGUGUUUGCUGAAAAUAUUUUUACUUUAUAAUUUCUAUCUUUUUAAGAAUCUCUGCUAAAAAAAAUAGUGAGAUAUAGGUGAUGUUCACACCGCAAUCCUCAGAGACAGCUUCGACAGUGUAUCAAAAAAUAAUCUCGAGUUAUCAUGGUUUUAAGCUGCCGCCGGUUGUUCGAAAAUUAGGUUUAUCCAAUCCAAUCCAGUCAUUUUUAAAUGGAAAGCGCAUAUAAGAUGGACGCCACCAGCAAGGUCCCCAGAGUUUCUGCCAGCGUAAUUUUCUACGUGUCACUUCAAAACUGCAACAUGAAGCACGUCCUCGUGAAAUGGGAGACCGAGGACACGUGGGACGUGUAUCCUGUGAAGAGCAUCGCCGAUGUAGCAAUUGGAAUGGAGCUGCUUCGGGACCCGGCCAGCGCGCUACAAAAAUUUCGGGAUGUCGUUGUCGACAUCGUGUGGCAGCCUGGUAAGCCACCAGCACCUGCCAGGAUUCUAGCUGUUGGAAGUCAGGCCUCCAUGGAAAAAAAAAGAAACAGGCUGGCACUGGAGGCUGCCGAGACUGACAGCUCAGCCACUGGUGCAAAGCGAACAUGUGACCACUUGGAACAAAUAGAAAGUCUGCAGAACACAGUGGAAAGCCUGCAAGAAGAGCUUCGCGAGACUCGGGCUGAGCUCGCCCAAGCACGGCAGUGUAUUGAUGCUGCAAAAAUGGUCAAGCGACUUAAGCACUUGAUAGACAAGGCUGGCACUCCUGCAGAGGCUGUUGGCGUUGCACCGGCCCCAAAAGUAGACAUCGGUGACGGUGUGUACGUUGAAGAAGGCCUGCUUAUGAGGCUGCGCCUGGAUGCGAAUAAUUCAGGUUCACGGUUCGCGAGGGGCCUCCUUAAAGCUCUUUUUACAAAAGAAGAGCUUGAAGGGAGGUCCCUCUUUGGGCGGCCUUCGAAUGCCCAUAAAGGCCUUCCGCAGAAGGAGCCACUAGACUCCAGGAAGGUCAACGCCAUAUUGGGCUACACAACACGGCACUUCAAUGUCCUGCCAGGACAGCUCAAGAACACAUUGUCGUCACUUCUAGCCCGGGGAUAUUAAAUGGAUUAAUU